AUGGCGCUGGCUGCAGGCUUGAAGAAGGCGAAAGCCAUAGAGCGGUGCCUAUUAGGAGCUAACCGCAUAACCGACGUUGGACUGGCAGAGCUGGUGAGGGCAAUCAGUCCAGACGUGCUAGUAUUGGAUCUAUCGCAGAACAAGAUCACCCAGGAAAUCAACCUCGCAAACAAUCUCCUCAAGGUCUCAUCCGCAGAUGCACUAUUCAGAAAUGCACGUUAUAGCAAGCACCUGCGACGCCUUAACCUCAGCAAGAACAAGCUAACUCCUGCCUGCUUGGACGCUCUUGCAGACAUGGUUGAGAAGUCACCAACGCUCGAACAACUCUACAUCGGCACAAACUACCUGUCUGGCAAGGCUGGAGAGCGUAUCUUUGGACUACUGGCUGGAAACAAGGUGCUAAGAGUGCUAGACUACAGCCUAAACCAGCUAGGAGAUAGCGGAGAACUUGGAUGCGCAAAGGCAAUCGCUGAAUGCUUUAGAACCAACCGUGCUCUCCAGCAUGUAGACAUAUCCUUCAAUAACUUCGGAAAGGAAGCCUCAGAGAUCAUCGCGGAGGGAAUAGAGCCAAACAAGCACAUAUACGGUUUCCACUAUCGAGGCAACUAUGGAUGGGUCAACUCCAAGGGCUUCCUCGUGCUGGAGGAAAAGCAAGAAACCCUCCUUGAUUCCAUUGAGCAGCAGCGUAUGAAUGGAUUCGAUGUGACAGUCAUUCGCUAA